UCUCUCAGAUGCCCUCCGCUUGGUGCAAAUGUGGGCUGGAAGCCUGCACGCGGAAGGCUGCAUCGCAUUGCUGACAGCGGCUCUGAUGAUCUCACACUGGCACAUAAACUCCGAAGCAACACAGGAAAUGAUUACUGGCAGCAGCUCCAAACUAAACUCUCGUUCGGCUCAGGUAUAGUUGAAACUGCAGAACCACGGAGUCUCCAGCAGCUAGCUGUUCGUCCUGGGAAUAAACUUAAUUAGCUGUAAAACGUCAGACAUCGCUUAAUCACGUCUUUCAAGGGAAGUCUGAUUUAAUGAAAAAACAGUUGAGGCCAUAAAUACGGAAUGCAGUUGGAACAAACAUACAGAGCAGAGAACGGCUUGGCACUGAACACUACACCUUCAUAAACGCUGCUUGUGUUUUAUCAAGUUGAUAGAAGCCAGAAUACACUUGUUCAGAGCUUUUACUUACUUUUCAUUGUGCAAAGCUGCUUCUUCCUCUUCCUGACUCUGUGCUUCAUCUCACAGCAGAAGACAGACAUCUUACAGACAAAAACUGGCUUUGGGGAAGGCAGUGAAUUCCAGUUUUCCAGGGCUGACUGGAGAACACCACAGCACAAAUGGGCCUCCAGAACACCAAACACUCCAAAGUCAAGCAAGCCAAUAUUCUGAUGUUAGGACUUGAUUCUGCGGGAAAAUCAACGCUGCUGUAUAAGUUCAAGUGUAACGAAGUUUUUCUAACGACUCCAACCAUUGGCUUUAAUGUCGAUAUGAUUGAAACCAGGAAAGAUUUUACAAUGACCUUUUGGGAUAUUGGAGGACAACAGAAAAUGAGACAGGCUUGGUGCAAUUUCCUGGAAAACGCAGACGGCCUGCUGUAUGUUGUGGACAGCUCGGAUAAGCAACGCCUGGAAGAAUCAAAGAAAGAAUUUGUACUCAUUUUAAGGAAUGAAUUUAUAAAAAACGUACCAGUCAUUGUGCUUGCGAAUAAGCAGGAUUUGCCUGGAGCUUUGAAUGCUGAGGAAAUAACCAGGAGACUCAACAUGAAGAAGUACUGCAGUGACAGAAAUUGGUAUGUACAGCCCUGUUGUGCUCUCACAGGGGAAGGUUUGGCAGAAGCUCUCCAUACACUAACUACAUUUGCGAAGAACUACAGCCGAUCAAAGGAGACUUCUAUGAUCUUUAAGGAAAUCGAAACACUUUAAGAAUUUCUGUCUUCAAUUUCUGGUGCACUUUAAUCAACGUAUUUUGUUGGACAGACUAAAUCUGACAGUAGUGGAUUCUGUAGAACUGUUAUAAGUAAAUAUUUAUAAAGAACUUGGACACUAUUAAAUUAUACUGUUAUACCUGCAGAUGCUUUUGAGAUACUACUCUGCGGCAUUUUAUUGGUGAUCAUAUACUUGGGGUUAUUCAGCUCACAAGUGUGGCUGUGGAGGGAUGAAAAAGCUGGAGUUGAGCUUCUGUAUUUUAGCAAGCAGAAACAAAAUAGGUGAGCAGAGCUUAAAAUGCUUAAAUCGAGUAUUUUGUCAAGGCAUAAAAGAGCCAAGUUGUUUGUUCAGCAAGAAAAGCUGUGGAUAAAAUGCUGUUUUGUAAUGAAUGCUCUGCGGGUGUACUUCUCAUGUAAAAAUAUAGUUGGUUUAGAGCUUAAAUUCUUAGUUAUGUACAAGAGAACCUAUGAAUCUGAAGUACUUAUUGGAUAUUUUUGCACUCUAGAACCAAAUACUCAAACAGAUUUUAACAAACAGGACUUGCUCCUCACCAAGCCACAGAUAAAACCCAGAUCCAGUGCUGUGUGUGAGGGGUAGGUCUGGUGUUAAAGAUUGCUAUGUACCCAUUUCUUUGUUUCUGCACUGUUGUGUUGUCCUUAGCCAAAGGCAGAGCAACAGAAGACAGUAUGGGGUCGAUCCAGUAAGUACUGAUCUCCAUUGGUUUUGGGGUGUGGGGCAAAGAGAGGAGAAAUGAGGGGGAUUGGCCCCUUGUUUGGUUUUUGUUUUCAUACAACUUGAUGGAUCCUGUGCUGAAGCCACCUGAAACUCUGUUACUGAUAAAUUUAGGUUUGAUUAAAUUCGACCUUAAGUGGCACAAAAUUGCUAACCCUAUUACUGCAGCUUGUAGAAAAAAAUUCCAAAUGAAAUUUCUGUUAAGAUUUCCUGAUUCGGGAAGGAGUGAAUUAGCAUUCUCAAUGCUAUUAAAGCAACAAAGGAUUGAUAACUACAAGACUAAUUGAACUGUAUCAACCAUGAAAACAGUUUAAACACUAAGGCUGAAAAGUUAAUAGGGCUUGCUCUUUUAAAAGCAAGAGAAGAGAGACCAUCUAAUUGUUGGUUAUACAGACCCAGAAAACCCAGCCCAAUUAUUUCUGCCUUCUUGAGUAUAGUCUGCAGAGCUAGGAUGCUCCAGUGGUUACAAAGCUUACUUAGAUAGCUGGAUUUUUUUUUUCCCUACUUCUGCCACAAUCUUUGACCAUGGGCAAGUCAAUUAAUCACUCUGUGCCUCGACAGUCCCUUGGCAAAAUGCACUUCCCAGUUACGUGCUCCGAAAACAUUGUGGCAAGGGCCAGCCUGCGAGCCUUUCCCCUGAUUAUGCCAAGUAAUUCGCAUAAGACAUUUACAUUUAGUUCUUACUAAUAAACAGGCAGGAAUUUCAAGUUAUAGAAGGGUGAAGCAGCAAGAAAAGCACCCAGAUGUACCCUGUUGUCUCAUGCAUAUAUUAUUCAAAGACAAAAAAUCAUCAGGUGAAUUUGCUGAAAUAGUAAACAAAGGAAGGUUUCUCAUCAGAAACUGUUAUUAAUACUGACUGUAAUUACCACAGGCUAAAUCCUGAGUCAUGUUGAGACUAUAUUUCUAAAAGGAGAGCAAGUAUUCAGACUUGUCAUCCCCUGGUCGGGUGAUUUAGGCUGAAUAUAAAAUACCACCUUCUGUCCCAUAAGGGAUUUUUGGAAGUCCACAGCAAUGGGAAUGUUAUCUUUCUAACCCCACAAUUCAAUGCUAAAAAUGUC